AUGCUCACGAGUGGUGUUGUCGCGGUCACUCUCUCGAAGCUUCCCAUUGUCGCCUCUUUCGAUCCUUUGCACCACAUCGGUGGUAAUGGUCCGUGGUUCUCUGCUCCGAAUGUGUUCAACAUUGAUGCUGAGCCUCCAACGGGAUGCGUCGUUGAUCAAGUGGCUUUCGUCUCUCGGCACGGUUCGCGAUAUCCAGAUCCAGGCGCCUACAAUGAGUGGACUGCCACAAGUGCCAAAAGCCACGCAGCAAACUUUACCACAACCUCCAGCGAGCUCAACUUCCUGAAAACAUGGCAGCCAAUACUCCGUCACCCUGAGCUAGAGCUCUCUCAACUUUCUCUCGGUGGCUAUAAGGAGCUCUAUGAGAUGGGCGUGGAGUAUAGAUACCGAUACCCGAGCCUGUACGUCGAGAACGAUCCUUUCGUGUUGUGGGCCAACUGGUACAAUCGCUACCUCUUCCGGGUCAUAGACUCAGCCAGGCUGUUCGCUCGUGGAUAUCUUGGACCAAACGCGACAGAUGUCGGAACUGUAUACGUUGUCAACGCUUCUGACUCGCGCGCUGUUGCAAACUCCCUGGCGCCCUCUGACCUGUGCCCGAACUACCAGAACUCUGGUGGCGGAGAGCAUGCAACGAUAUGGGCCAAUACCUACCUGCCGCCUGUCGUAGAUCGUAUCGACAGUCUGCUGCAUGGCCUAGAAUUCAACACAUCAGAUGUAUCCAUCUUCCCCUACCUGUGUGGCUUCGAAACGCAGAUCCUCGGGCGUCGCAGUCCGUGGUGUGAUGUCUUCACUGAAGAAGAGAUCCUCUUCUACGAGUAUGCGCAGGACAUCCGAUACUGGUAUGGCACUGGCCUCGGCACAGAGCUCGAGAAGAACAUGAUGCUGCCCUUCCUGACAUCUCUUGUACAACGUUUCGUGGACGGUCCCAAUGCCACGUAUUCCAGGGCGAACAACUCAACGCGUUUCAAGCCAAAUCCUUUGAUUGCAGUGUUAUCGAAUGAUGGCCAGAUCAACCAGCUUGCGGCCGCGAUUGGAGUGUUCGAUGGUCAGCCAGACCUACCGGCAACGAACGUCCUGCAGAACAGAACCUUCCGUGCCAGCAACUUCGACACGAUGCGUGGUACGAUCGGCUUUGAGAGGCUGAGCCGUGGUCUGUCGUCCGCGAAAGAAGGCACAUUCUUGCGCGUCAAGCUGAAUGAUGCGGUGUAUCCAGUGGUCGGAUGCGAUCAAGGUCCAGGACGAAGUUGUGCUCUCCGAUCAUACCGGGAGAUCGUGGAGCGGAAGAGUGCGGCAUUGGGUGAUUUCGAGGUCGCAUGCGGCAUUGGGAAUAGCAGUGUCGCUCCUGUUGGCAGCAAGAACAUACGCGUACCAACGUUUGAUUGA